AUGACUCAAAACAUGUUACCAAGUAGCAAUGCUCAAACUCAACAAGUGCCCCAAACGUCGGUUUGGUGGGUUGAAAAAUCCCUGGAACCCCCGAGAGAAGAAGAUCAAUUGAUAUUAAUCGGCGACAAUCGAUGGGUAAGGCACGUUGACUGGCAAAGGUACCUACUGGACAAAGCUAGUGGCGUAAAAAAACCGCAGGGAACCAUAAGUCAGGCUGAACGGAGCAGCCCUUCUGCUGACGGGAAUAGUCAGCUUGACAAGAUGUCAUCAAAUCAAAAUCAAGACCUUACCAUAGACUACUCUUGGGAUGAAGACCCUCCAAUGUUGAGCUAUAAUCCACAAACUUAUGUCUCAGCAAACAAAAUUAUCCGGUGCCCCCCCCGCCGAAAUUGAGCAAAAAAGCCAGAAGAAAGUUUAGAAAAGAAGAAACAGAAAGAUUUGCAAAAUUGUAG